AUGAACGAGGAUCGCUGUGAGCUUCAAUCCAAAGAUGGCCGCUCUGUCGCCAUGAUGAACAAGAAGACCCAUCUCGCCCUUACAUGUCUCUCGUCUUCUGCGAAAAGCAUUGAAUAUAAGGGGCUCGUCUCCCGCAAAGAGUUAAACCGAAGAAUAUCGACAAAUAAAGAGCCUGCCAACUCUGAGCCUCCGAGUCUUUGCUGUCGCAUACACAUAUAUUUGUUUGGGACUCGUGUAGAUGCGGCCGUUGUGGGCCAGGAGUUAUCACGCUACCGUCUGUUUUUGCAGCAUCCCUCUCCUUCUCUUUACGAUGCUACAUAUGAGAACCCGCAUUACCUGAACUUGCCGGGAAAUUCGCUUCCAAAUGGGGCUCUGUUACCACCAAUCUCACCUACGACUCUUGCCUGCGAGACGGGCUAUACCGAUGCCACCGGAUCAAUCCGCCAUGAGGUGACCGAUGUGUUCUCUGUAAUAAAUGAUCUUCCCAAACAGGGCUACCUGAAGAAGGCGCAGACCGACAAACGGAUUCAGACCACACUAUUAAGGCGAGAAACUGAAUGA